UAUCUCAUCACCCCUGGAUCAUCAACUUGUCUGAUCGGCUGCUCCUGCACAGAUAAUAACUUGGGAAGGUCUUUACUAUGUAUGGAAACCUCCAUGGGACAAAUCCCAGAGGAUAUCCCGCCUGAUUUCACUAAAAUCCGAAUUGAAAACUGCCACCUGACUGAGUUACCACGACGAUCUUUCUCUAAAGUUAGUGCCUUGGAGUUCCUCUGGCUGAAUUUCAAUGAGAUCACCCUGAUGAACAUUAAUUGCCUGGAGGGGCUCGCGAGCCUGACAGAGCUGAGGCUACAAGGCAACAAGCUGACUUCAGUUCCAUGGACGGCAUUUCAGGACACACCGAAACUCAAGAUUUUGGACCUGAAGCACAAUCGACUGGAAGUCCUACCUGAAGACGCUCUGAGACACUUAACCGCCCUGACCUACUUAGAUUUAUCCUUCAAUAAACUUAGUGUCAUAUCAAAAGAUGUCUUCAUUAGUUGGCCUCUUUACCAAACAGCAGAGAAAGCAUGGGGGAAAGAAGGACUGGUCUCCAAUGUGGUUUUGGCGCUGCACAACAACCCCUGGUUGUGCGAUUGUCGCCUCACAGGCUUUGUUGAAUUCAUCAGGACGGUCAGCACUCCCAUCAUUCUGAUGAACUCCUACUUGAUGUGUUCGGGCCCCGCCUCCAAAGCUGACAUGUUUUUCCACGAGAUCCAGUUAAAAACGUGCAUGGCGCCAGUGGCCUCUGCCCCAGAGACUAAUAUCACUUUACCUCUUGGGGCAAAUGCAACACUCACAUGCUUAGUCACGGCCAGGCCAGGUCCGACCAUUGAGUGGAUGUACAGUCUGAAGAUUAUAAGAGGAUUUGCUGUCACUGAGACUCAGGUGGACACGGAGACUGUCACCUCCCAGCUGGUGAUCCCCUCUCUUCGGCUGACAGACCGAGGACUCUAUACCUGCAUGGCCAACAACUUCAUUGGCAACUCCUCUGUCAGCAUCAUGGUCAACAUCAGCUCCUCAAGCUCCUCCGCUCCUCUCCCUCCACCUGUCCCCAUGUUCGCGUCUGAUGAGAAUGCCUACAUCGACAUCCGCAUUGCCAAGCAGACAGUUUAUGGUAUUACCCUUGAGUGGUAUGCAGUGACAGACAACCCUACAGAGACCUGGUUUACCAUCCACUUUGGCAAAUACGAUUCACCUAAAAAGGAGAUGAUCUACAUUGGCCCCGGCAUCAACAGCUACUCCGUCAGCGACCUGCUUCCUGUCACCAAAUAUGAGGUGUGUGUGACCCUGAAGAACCAUCCGCCGAGGGAAGGCCAGUGCAUUGUGUUCGUGACGGGAAGUGACAUCAGUGAGCUGGAGCAAAGAGAGAGGCUCAUCCACAUUGUUGUCAUUGUGUGCGCCAUGGUGCUGGCAGUGCCGGCCGGCAUGUAUGCCUGCACCACGGAGGCCAGGUUCAACUGUGUGGAGCGCUGCGUGGAUCUGUGGAAGGAGCGCAGGCUGCACCGAGGCAACCUGCAGGGGACGGAGAGGCAGGGCACCUUCGAUAGCCUGCAGGCAACCAGCGAUGAAGGCCUUUGCAAGGACUCGGAGGAAAAGCCGAAAAAGAGGGGGAAGUCUGAGGAAAGGUCUAAAGGAGGGAGUGCAGCUCAUCUGUACUAG